AGUGUUUACAAAUUGAUACAGAAAACACAAAUGACAAAUUUUAGUAUUUGCUAGUCCUAUCACAAAUGAAGCAUUAAGAAGUUAUGCAUCCAGCUGUAAAGAUUUUUGUAUAAUGCGCUUACAUCCCUAUUAAAAUAAAAUCGAACCGUCCAAAAGGAAAGUUUACAUAUCCAAAAUUUAGCAUGGCGGCAAAGCUUCAAGCGCGAAGGGAGAAAUAUCUGAAGAUUUUAGGACUUCCUACUCCAGCCGGAGAUGCAUGCAUCAAUCAAGCAUACAGACAACUAGCAUAUCAGUGGCAUCCAGAUAAGAAUCAUGGAAAUGAAGAAGCAGCUAAGGUUAAAUUUCAACAGAUCAGUAAAGCUUAUACACGAGUUCAAUCUGUCAAUCGUAGGAUCAAGAGGCUGGAUGAAGAAUUAAUGAAAGUUCCAGCCUUGAAACCUGGAGAAAGAAAAAAGAGGAAGAAAACUAAAUCUCAAAGUGAAGAAUGCUGCCACUGUGGCAGAUGUUUAAACCUUGAGGAUUUCCAGGAUUCUGACAGUGAUACUAAAAGUGAUGAAGAAAAUGAAUGUUUUUCAUCUGAUGAAUGGACAGACAGUGAAGAUGAGGAGAGUGAAGAUGAUUGGUUUGAAAUGUUCUUUAGGAUAUUUCAGGAGGUUAUUUAUAAGAGAAGAUUUCAAAAUAGAACACGUGGAAGGCGUAAUCAUCACUGCCACUGUGAUGUUGAUGAAGAAGAGAAAGAGGAGGAGGAAUUCUUUAGCCAUCUAUUUGAAAACAGAAAACGUCAAGGAUUCUAUGAUGACAACCUGACUGAAGAAGAUUUGAAGAAGUUUCAAUCCUAUGAAGAUUGGCUGAAGACAAGGGAUCCCAGUAAAAGACACAAUACAAGAGUCAGGAGAGCCAGAAAAAAGGCAAAUAAGCCUUCAUUAGAAAAACCUAAACCUCCCAGUAAAAAGGAACUGAAACGCGAACAUAACAGACGAGAAAAGGAGAUAAAAGAGAUCAGUCUUCAGCUAGAAAAAGACCUUGCGGAAAAGAGGAAAAAACAGAAACAGGAAGAGUUGAAACCUGUUGACUCUCCCAAAGCAAGGUGCACACGGUCCUCAAAAGAGGAAUAUACUGAUAUGUAUGCAUUCCCUCAAAUUGAACAACCAAAGAUUGACUUCGAUGAAGAAGAAAGCAAAGAUAAGAAGAAAGAAAAAUUGAAAAGGAAAAAAGAAGCAAAGCUGAAUAGGAAGCAGCUAAAAAUCCAGACAGCACAGAACCAGUACAAAAUCCAAGCACCAUAUUCUCCAACUCUUGAUGAACAAUACACUCCACUCUUUGAACAGGAGGAUGACAGUAAGGAGCCAAAGCUAACUGAGGGAGAAAACAAUGAUGUUUGUUAUGGGAACAGUAGUCAUGGUGACCAGAAAAGUGAUAGGGAUAAACAUUUGAGGGAUUUUCUUGCAAAGGCAAAAGCACAAAGACAAAAGGCAACACACUCUAAAGAUGAGAAUCAAAAUCCUGCAGUGCAAUCUUUACCAAAACAACCAAGAUCAAUGCCCUCUAUUGAGCACAAUCGUAAAGCUCUACUAGACAUCCACAUUCAGCGCUACAACAAUCUAAUGAAGGAUCAGCCAAGGAGGCAUACAGAGCAGCAAUUAGAGGAGGAAAGACGUAAGGAGAGGGAAGCAGGAAAACAGAGACAUCAGGAAGAACUUGAUCGUUUGAGAAGCACUCAUAAAAGGGAAUUUGAGGACAUGAAGAGUGCUCAACAUUUCAAGGAACUUGAGUGGGAUAAACAAAGGAACUUGGAUGAGGUGUUUGAACUGCAAGCAGAAAGUGGCUUAGAUGAUAUAGCUGCUAAAUAUGGGGCAGUUCCCAAGUCAAAGCCUGUAAAAUCAAAAAAGCCACAGAAGGAAUCUGGGAAGAAUACAUAUUGGAAAUCUGUGAACGAUGUGCCAGAUUUAAUUGAAGUUCCAACUCAUGAUACAACAGCCUUCAGCCCAAACAGACCAAAACGUUGUGCUACAGACCUUCCAUACUCUGAGGUGGCCAAGAAGAAGUCAACUAAAGUUGAUUUUGUGGCUGCCCCAAGACCUGCGGAGAAUAUCUGGCUGCGACGUAAUGAGACAAUGGCGAUGUUGCAACCCAUGGACGCUCAAGAUGAGGAAGCUCAGCUCUGUAAGGCAUUAGAACUCAGCAUGCAGACUGCAAUACAAGAGGAGGCAAGAGCCAGAGAAAGGAUCGCUGCUGAGAAAAAGAAACAAAUUCCUCCUACCAUACCUUCAAGCCAGUCAUCAGCCACUAACACCCGGAAUCAGGAAUCCACAAUGCCAGCCACACUCAAGCAAGCUCCAGUCUCUAUCACCAAUCAACUGCAAAGAGCUCCAAUUACCCAUGAAACUGUGGGUAAAAAUGAUCCGAUUGCUGAAAAAACUGAGCCGCAAUCUAUAAAAGUGGAUGAAACUGAACCAAGUUGUAUCAGUGUGAAUAACGCAGAUGAAAAUGCCUCAUGUAGUAGUUCAAGUCAGGAGUAUAAGGAUGCUACAGAUAAAUUAGAUGAGUUGCCAUGGCUACCUGGAUCAGAUGAAUACAUCUCUGGGGUUGAGAAAUGGUCAGGUGUUGAUAGCAUAGAUGAUGCUCUAGGAGAACCUUUAGCCUCAUCUGAAGCAACCCCCUACUAUGCAGCAUCAUCAGGUCAUGUUAACCUUGACUUGACCUUGACCACUGACAGUGAAGACAUGCCCCCUCUGUUGGAUAUGGAUGAUACUACUGAACCACCAUCUUUGCAGGGUGGUAUUGAAAGUGUAUGGGGUCCAGUAGAUUCACAGGGAGCAAAUAAUCGUGGAGCAUUUGGUGGAGGGGAUCAGCCUCGCUAUGGAUCCAAGAUGGCAGACUCUGUAGAGGAAGAUGAUGCAGAAUUACAGAAAGCUAUCAUGCAAUCCUUGUCAUCUCGAAAAGAUGACAAGUUCCCAAAGGAUACUAAAGAUGGCGUUGAUGAUGACUGUGAGGAGAUGCCCUUGAACCUUGACCUCAAUCCCCAACCAAUCAAAGACCAUAUGAUGGGGGCAUUGAGUAAUUUUGGCAAUUCAGUCCCAGUCCCCAUGUUAGAGAAUCCCUUAUACAGUCAUCAGCUCAACCUUCAAACUCCCCAGAAUAACUCUGAAAACUAUUCAAAGCCUACCCAGCAAGAUGUGCAAUUUCAUAUGGAGCCUAUACCAAAUAGUGGAUUUUCCAGGCCAUGUCUAACCCCCUGUGACCCUGUUAGUGAUCAACCAGAUCAUAUUUUGAAGGGAGACUUGAGAGAUAGCAUUCCAAAUGCAUUGAUGCAAGAUCUGAAGGAUGCCUUCCAACAGGGUCCCCUUAACAUGCCCAGACCAGAGGAUCUCAUCAGUAAAAAGGAACAACCAGCACAACACUUAGGUUCAUGCCAGCAGUCUCAAGUGAACAGCUCUAUCCAGUCUCAAAGUGCAGUUCAACAGGGUUACAAUGAGCAGUAUAGUCUAUCACAAUUGCAGCAGGGCAUCAAUUCAGUGCACCAGGGUCAAACUUCAGUGCAACAAGGCCUUUAUCCACCGGAACAGGGUCAUAUCCCAGGACAACAGGGCCAAACUACACGGCAACAUGACUCUUUUCUAGUGCAACAGGGCCAAAUUCCAGUACACCAGGGCUCUUUUCCAAUGCAGCAGGGCCAAACUACAGUGCAACAUGGCUCUUUUCCAGUGCAACAGGGCCAUAUUCCAGUGCAACAGGGCCUAACUUUUGGGCAACAGGGCCAUGUUCAAGGGCAAUAUGGCCUUAAUCCAGCCCAAAACGAGUUGGAGCAACUUCAACAGGUUUAUUUUAGUCAACCACAUACUUCUAAUCAUACAGCACCAUAUGCAUAUAGUCAAGCAACCUUUACUAAUCAGCAGUAUAACCCAGGUAAUGUGGAUCCUAAACUACCAGGUAUGCAACAUGAGGCAAGCCAGCCUUUAUACUACAAUCAAUCAAAUUCAGAUCCAUCAAAUCCAUCUUGCAGAGGCAGUUCAGAGCAGCAGUAUUAUCAACAGAAACCUCAUGGUCAGUUUAGACCAAAUGUCACCUCUUCACAACAGUAUUAUCAACAGAAAUCCCAGGAACUAGGGCCAGAACAACAAGAUUUCAAUCAGCAAUCUCAAGACUACAAAGAGUCAAAAGUCCAUUUGGACCAACAGUAUUAUCAACAGAAAUCUCAGGAACAACAAGAGCCAGAGCAGCACGUUUUCAAUCAGCAAUCUCAAAACUAUAAAGAGCCAAAUGUCAAUUUGGACCAACAGUAUUAUCAACAGAAAUC